AUGCCACAUACUAAUCAGAGUAUGAGCGAGCUUAUGAAGCUCUACAUUCUAGUUAUUCUUCGAACGCUAUCAAGGGUCAUAUUGUUUCCAUUUAGAUUGUUGAUCUUUUUGGUAAACAAAGCGUUGCCAACAGAUCUCAUGGAUAAGUUAGAUCCAAAUUAUAGAUGGAGAGAUGAUUAUCAUAUAGCAACGUACUUUAUUGCGAGUGUGGUAAAAUACAUUUGGCUUAUAUACAGCAACAGAUUCCAGUAUUGGUACAUCAUUGAGUCGCAGGUCAAGAAGCACCCAAAUAGUUUGGCAAUCAGCUAUGCGAAGCCCCUUGCAAAGAAAGGUGAAUUCGAACUUCAAGAAUUUACGUAUGCGGAAACAUAUAAGAUUGUCCUUAGAUUGUCACAUUACCUUUUCAACGUGCAUCGUGUUAAACCAGGUGAUAACAUCGCUUUAGAUUUUACAAACAAGCCAUUAUUUAUAUUCUUAUGGUUUGCGCUGUGGAAUCUAGGGGCGACUCCUGCAUUUUUAAAUUAUAAUACUUUAGGUCAGCCUUUGAUUCAUUGCAUUCAAGUGUCAAACAUCAGUCAGAUAUUCAUUGACCCAUUCGCUGCUGAGCCCAUCAAAAAGACCGAAGACGACUUAAAGAAAGAAUUGCCUCAUACUCAAUUGCACUAUCUUGAUGAAGACGAAUUGUUUGAAACUGUGUUGCUCAACGAAGAUUAUCCAACCUUAAGAGUUGACGAUGCUAUAAGAUCUCCAAAUUCAGCAAGAGAUUUCGAAGCUGCAAUGCUCAUUUACACUUCAGGUACCACGGGUUUACCAAAGCCAGCAAUCAUGUCUUGGAGAAAAGCAACAAUUGGAUGCUCCUUGUUUGGUAGGAUAAUGCGAGUAACUCCAGGAAAAGCUGUUUUCACUGCGAUGCCACUAUAUCAUUCAACAGCUGCUUUACUAGGGGUAUGUGCUAUUUUUGCCCAUGGUGGCUGUGUUGCUAUCUCCAAUAAAUUUUCGACGUCAACAUUUUGGAAACAGGUUUGUCUCACAAACGCAACACAUAUUCAAUAUGUAGGAGAAGUAUGCAGAUACCUGCUAAACUCUCCUGUAUCACCAUAUGAAAAACAACACCAUGUUGAAAUCGCCUAUGGAAACGGUUUAAAGACAGAUAUCUGGAAGGAAUUUAAGGAAAGGUUCAAUAUCAAAAUCAUAGGUGAGUUCUAUGCUUCGACCGAAUCACCAUUUGCCACCACAUCUUUACAGAGAGGUGAAUUUGGUAUUGGUGCUUGUAGGAAUUACGGUCCUGUUGUCAAUGCCUUCUUAUCAAUUCAACAAUGUUUGGUGAAGGUAAAUCCUGAUGACGAAACACAAAUCUAUAGAAAUGAAAAAGGGUUUGCCGAGACUACCGAUGUGGGACAAGCAGGUGAACUAUUAAUGAGAAUCUUCAUUCCCAAGAGACCAGAAACGUCAUUCCAAGGAUAUUUGGGUAACAAAAAGGACACUGAAUCGAAGGUUAUCAGGGAUGUGUUUAGAAAAGGCGACGCUUGGUACAGAUCUGGUGAUUUAUUAAGGGCAGACGAAAAUGGUUUAUGGUAUUUCACAGAUAGAUUAGGGGAUACCUUCAGAUGGAAAUCUGAAAACGUUUCAUCUGCAGAAGUGGAAAAUCAAAUUAUGUCUGCUUCUAAGGACAUCAUUCUAGAAGCCGUAGUUGUCGGUGUUCAGCUCCCAAGUAACGAAGGCAGAGCUGGGUUUGCAGUUAUAAAGUUGAAGAAGGUUGACAUAUCUGUCGAGGAAAAGGUGGAAUUACUGAAUUCCUUACUAUCACACUUGAAGAACAACUUGCCAAAAUAUGCUUUACCGAUAUUUAUAAAAUUCGUUGAAAACAUUGAACUUACUCACACGCAUAAAGUCGCAAAAAGCAAAUAUAGGAAUCAAGUACUACCUCAUGGUGAGAGCGGGAAUGAAACUUUGUUCUGGUUAUGCAAUUAUAAGUACUACAAGGUUCUUACUGAUGAUGACUGGGAAGAAAUUGCGAAGGGUACCAACAAAAUUUGA